GCACGGAGAAAGGCGCGAAGUAACAGCUGAGCGAACUGCUGGAGUGGCCUCUUCAGACAUGCCUUUGAUUUAGUACGAGCAGACGAUGACAGCACUUGAUGGGAGUGACCUAAUGACCUAAGGAGUACUGUCGUAAACAAAACACAGACGUGAGGUCCGAGCUUGUCAGAUGGACGCCAUCAAAACAUCACACCGUGACGGUCGCCGGUCAAGGACACACUAGAGAACAGGAGGCUUGAGAUGGACGAGUCCAAGUUGGACCCCGGGAGGGACAUCAGGAUACAUGUGGACGGUCCCAAGCCCCAACAAAUGACAACAACCGUCCAGGUCACACCAAUGAAGGCUGCAGCCGAGAUGGCCGACGCCAUCAGGAGACAGAGGAGAACAACCGGCAUAGGCUACAGCUACAGCGACGCCUUCACCCCCCGAGUGGCGUCAGGGGGGCACAAGCGCAGCACUACGCAGUACUCGAUCAUCAACCCCAGCAACAGCGGAGACAGCGGAAAUGGCACCACGGCCACCGUCAACGGUCAAAUUCCCGGAAGUCGGGACAGUAAGAGCAACCUUGACCUUGUAUCAGGGAACCUGUCUUACCCUAUCCCGCAGAGAAACGCGAGGAAGCCCAAAGACGACGACGCCUUGGUGAAAACUGUGAUCGGGAAUCCCAAAGGGUACAGCGUGGUGUACGCCAAGCCGCACCAAAACAAUGCGGGCGAACAAUCCAGCAUCAACACCCACGGCGGUAGGUCCCACACCGGCUCUUCUGCGACCAUCAGCCUAGCGAGGAUGCCGAGACUGACGGUACCAUCCGGCCUGCAGCCCGACCCCCGGCACCCCCGGGCGCCAGCGUCUGACUGGCUGACACGUAGACACAGAGACACGACCGCACACGACAACACCAUCGAGGACACUCUAUUCACCAACAAAUGGAACCAGGACGCCUCAAGUCUCCACCCCACGGGCCGCCUGGGUUUCGCCAUUCCCACCUCCCCCAGGUGGAACUAUGACGAGACUUUAACAGCAGCCAGCACCAACAGCCCACGUCUGUUUGUCAAAUCCCCCUCCCAGAUGGAUAUAAAAACACACCUCGCCCCCACCACCCGUAGUUUGAACAGCUGGAUGGAGCCACAACCGAGCUCCAACGAGAACAAUUCCUUCAUCGACCUGGCCAACACGGUCAUGGGCUCAGUGACCAACGACCUGAACCAAAUUUACCAGAUCUGCCACUCCAGGGUCAGGUAUUCCGACAUCCUCGGAAAAAAAUGUACACAGCACGUCCGAUUCAAGUCCCCUCGCCACCGACUCGUCAAACAGCCUGCAGCUAAACGACGCUCGGGUUUUCUUAUCGCCUACGUCACUGCGCGCCUCCUCGCCGCCCUUCUCCCCGGCACCCUCGCCCGUCAUCUCCCCCCGGAGGACACUGCCCGACCUGAAGCCACGCCCUAGUUUCCAAAAGACUACAGUGCACAUCAACAAAUCGCCGUGGUGGAAACACUCAGACGACGAUCAAAACACCACCGAACCGGAAACGGAGUUUUCGCUUUUACCGGAACCGGAAAUCGACUACGACAAACCAAUCACGAUAAUCUUCGAAUCGGAUGACCGCCAAACGACACGGACACGACCGAUACUCAAACAAACAAGUCGGUCGUCGCCGUACGUUUACAGCAACGGCGAUGUCAACAACAACAAAACGUCGCUACCCGUCAUCCCCAGCAGCACCGUCAGUAAAAAACAUCUCCACUAGCACCUUCAGUGUGCACGCCAAACGCGCAGUACUUGACUCGGACUCUUCAGGUCAGAGCAGUCUAACCCGGGACAAAGGGAGGCUAGUCAGAUUUAACGCCGAUCCAAAAAUCUACGAGUUCGCUCCCUCUGAGCCAGUUCUCGCACCUAAGUGAACAUCUUUAUUUAAAAACUGGAAUAUUCUUCAAGCUUCAAUUUAUUUAAGCUUUAAAUACUUCAAACAUGUGAUACUUGAGUGCAUUUUUGUCAUCGUAUAUAUGUAUAUAUGACUAAACUAUUUAUAAAAUAUAUGUAACA